CACAACCCUCUCCCUCCUUUCCUGGAUUACCCGCACAAGCCCCCUCCACCCCUCCCUUCCAGAGAGCACUGGAGCUGCCGCUCUUUUUUUUCGGGACUCGGGCCCCCGCAGGCGUCAAUCGCAAUCUUGCCAGUGUCGAUCGCGGACGUGGCGUUCGGACGCUUGCGCUCUCCCCAUUUUUGUGCAAUAUCUAUCGUGGUGUUGUUGUUGUUGUUGUUGUUGUUGCUACUGUUGCGCUAAAAGGGACGGGGUGGGUGUAGGGCAGAGUGUUUUGUUGUUUGUUGCUAAAAGUGUGUGUGUGUGUGUGUGCAGGCGGGUGGCCGCGCUUGAUCGAGCGGAACGAUGGUCGAACGAAAUCUGGUGAAUGUGCUGCUGCUGGGCGGUGGCUUCAUGCUGAUCUUUACCUCCUUUCAAACGCUCGGCAACAUUGAGCAAACCAUCAUCGACAGCAUCAAGAAAGAUCUGCCCUCGUUCACUGGCGACGGAUACACCAGCCUGGCCAUUAUCUAUGCUGCCCUCUCUUUAUCAAACUGGGUCACGCCGUCGGUCCUGUCCGCCAUCGGGCCCCGGCUGGCGAUGGUCAUCGGAGCUAUCACCUACUGCCUGUUCAUGGCGAGCUUCUUCGUGCCGCACGUCGCCCUACUGUACGGGUGCAGCGUCGUGCUGGGCGCCGGCGCCGCCCUCAUCUGGACCGGCCAGGGCAUGUACCUGUCCCAGUGCAGCUCCGGCGAUACGAUCUCGCGCAAUUCCGGCAUCUUCUGGGCGAUGCUGCAGAUGAGCAUGUUCUUUGGCAAUCUGCUCGUGUUCUUCACCUUCCAGGGCAAGACGCACAUAGACGAGACGACCCGAAGCAUCGUGUUCGCCGUGCUGAUCGCGGUGGGCAUCGUCGGGCUAGUGUUUCUGACCUGUCUGCGCCGUCCCUCCACCACCGGGGACGCGCCGGUCGAGCUAAGCCACAGCGUUGAACCGCGCCAAGCCUUCCUGAACGCGAUCCGCCUGUUCCAGACGCCCCGCAUGAUACUGCUGAGCAUUACGUUCGUGUACACGGGCCUUUCGCUUUCCUUCUUCAGCGGCGUGUACGGGUCGAGCAUCGGGUUCACGAACGCGAUCGGCACCUCGGCCAAGCAGUACGUCGGGCUGAACGGGGUGUUCAUCGGGGUGGGCGAGGUGCUCGGCGGCGUGGCGUUCGGGCUGCUCGGGACGCGCACCACAACGCGCUGGGGCCGGGACCCGAUCGUGAUUGCCGGCGGCGUACUGCACAUGGCCGCCUACUUCCUGAUCUACCUGAACCUGCCGAACGCGGCCCCGUUCGGCAACACGGACGCGCUGUCCUACAUCCAGCCGCCCAGUGCGCUCGUCGCGAUGGGCUGCUCCUUCCUGCUCGGGCUCGGCGACGCCUGCUUCAACACCCAGUGCUACUCGAUGCUGGGCGGCGUGUUCAAGAGCCAGCCGGCCGAAGCGUUCUCCAUCUUCAAGUUUACACAGUCGGUGGCUGCUGCCGCCAGCUUCGUCUACUCCUCCUACUGCGGGCUGCACGUGCAGCUGCUCAUACUGGUCGUGCUAGGCAUCGUCGGCACGAUCACGUUCUGCGUGGUGGAGUUCGCUGUAAAGCGGGAGCGGCCAACGUUGGAGCGGGAUUACGAGAAGUAAAAGUACGAAAACGGAACGCAUCAGCAAUUGAGCGAGCAAGCAAUGGAGCAGGGCGGAAUGGCUUACCGAUCCUUGGCCGGCAAAGGAUGCAGCGAGCGGUCCGUGUUGGGAAAGUGUUGGAUCUUCUUGCCGAAGCGCCCGUUCGCUGGUACGAUGCCCCCGAAGUACACUGGACUGUCCGCUGGAGGUACCGGAAAAAGGAAAGGGAAAGAAUGUGUUUGUGUGUACAUCAGAUUUGUUUCAUUAGAGCGCAAAGUUAGGUAUUUAAGUAAUCCUGUUCCCCUUUCGGGAAAGUUGUAACAAACGAAACCGGCUGUUUGAAUCGAUGUAAAGUACGCUUCUUUUA